ACCUGGGGCCUGUUGCACAAAAGUAGAAUUAAGACAUCCGGGAUAAAUGACUAAGCUGAGCUCAAUAAAGCCAAAACAUGUGCGUCCAGGCUUAAUUGGUUGCACAAAGACCAAGCCAGGAUGAGCAGACACGGAUUCAUUAAGCCAGGUGAAACCAAUCCUGGAUAGGUGCGCGCUCACGGCUCACUCAAAUAGACCCCGCCACAGAUCACAGAUUAACUGAUUUACCAUGGCAACUAGAGCCGCGUACUUUUCCCCGUCGGAAGCACAAAUCCUCAUGGAGGCAUACGAGGAGGUAAAAGAUAUAAUUAAGAAGAAAGGCAACACCGCCACAGUGAUAAAGCAAAGAGAAAAAGCGUGGCAAAGUAUUGCAGACCGCCUGAAUGCAUUAAACAUGAACGGGCCAAAACGGACAUGGCAGCAGGUCAAAAUCAAAUACAAGAACAUUCUGCAGAAUGCAGUGAAAAAGAAUACCCACAGACAAGGCACGGGUGGUGGGUCACCAAAGGCUGACCUUACCCCAGCAGAGGACAUGGCCUUGGAGCUAAAUAAAGGCAGGCCCGUCUAAGAGGGGAUCCCUGGGGGGAAAGAGACGAGCAUAGGUCCCUCCCAAGAUGCCACCCGCUUCAUUCAAGUGUCUGGCAGCACUGUGUUCCUGUUAGAGCCACCAGCACAAGCACCAGACGAUGCUGAUCCAGGUGAAAGUCCCAGUGCAGCAGCAACAGCACAUGAUGGAGACGAUGAUGAGGAGGAGACCAUCUCUCUGGAUUCCAGAAGGCAUGAGGACCCAGAUGCUAUACAGUGGGAAAACCAGCCUGGCAACAUAAGCUCACAAGCUAUCAGAAAGUUGUAUGGCAACCACCUCCGGCGCCAAAUAGAACUGGCAGACAUAGACAUUCAGUACAAGAAGAAAAAGAUAGAAAAUCUUGCACUGGAGUCCGAAAUAAAAAAGAGGACAAUUAGGAAACUGGACCCUUGAAAAUAAAAAAACUUGAGAGGGAGCUCCAAGAAGAUGACACAGCUCAAAAUAAAAAUUAGCAAUCAGUACAACCAAGUCAUCGUUAUAAGGCACCAGCCUCUUUUGCCCACCCCCCCAGCACCAGGUGUGGCCACUAGCCUAUAUGAAGGCCCAAAAUUGUGUGUUCCUUUCUGCUCUGACAAUGGCAUGCCCAUUCUUGCGAGAUGUGGUGGAUGAAGAAGCACUUGUGCUGAGGAGAGCCUUCAGGCGAGAAAGGGUCUUCAGGGACCGGUUGGACCCACUGGCCUUCCCUGAUGACCAUCUUUAUGAAAGAUACAGGUUUUCUGCAGAUGGCAUCAGGUAUCUAUGCAGACUACUGGGUCCCAGGAUUAAGCACCGCACUGCAAGGAGCCAUGCACUGAGUGUGGAGCAAAUGGUUUGUGUGGCCUUGCGCUUUUUUGCUAGUGGAGCCUUCCUGUACUCAGUGGGGGAUGCAGAACAGCUGAACAAGGCCACAAUUUGCCGCACAAUAAGGAGUGUGUGUCUGGCUAUCAAAGCAUUAGCAGAUGUCUUCAUCUCCUUCCCUGGCCACAGAAGACUCUGUGACAUGAAAGAGGAGUUCUAUAUGAUUGCAGGUUUCCCCAAUGUCAUUGGUGCAGUGGACUGCACACACAUAAGGAUAAAAGCCCCCUCAGGUGCCCAUGAGGCCGAUUUUGUGAAUAGGAAAUCCUUUCACAGCAUUAAUGUUCAGAUGGUCUGCAAUGCUGACUGUGUGAUCAGCAAUGUUGUGGCAAAAUGGCCUGGCUCAGUCCAUGACUCCAGAAUCUUUCGGGCCUCUGAAAUCUAUCAGUGCCUAUCACAAGGUGAAUUCUCUGGUGUGUUGCUGGGAGACAGGGGGUAUGGCUGCCAGCCUUUUCUCCUGACACCUUUCACAGACCCCCAGGAAGCACAGCAGGCCUACAACCAUGCCCAUGCCAGGACCAGGGCCAGAGUUGAAAUGACCUUUGGCCUCCUGAAGGCACGCUUUCACUGCCUUCACAAAUUAAGGGUCAACCCUGUUCGGGCAUGUGAUAUUACUGUGGCUUGUGCUGUCCUCCACAAUGUGGCCUGCCUGAGGAAGGAGAGGGCCCCCAGAGUGCCACCAGCCAUGGACUGGGACAAUCCGGCAAUCUUCCCUGAUGACGACAGUGGUCGGCUGCUGAGGGACCAAUAUGUGUUGAAUUAUUUUAGUUAGUAUGUGUGCUUCCAAUUUAGGUAAAAAAUGUCCUGCUGUGGCAGAGGAAAUAGGGUUUUUUUGGGUUGGUUUUUUUACGAAUUUGGCCUCUUAUGAUGUUUGUGCGGUAUACUGUGUGUAAUACAAGGCUGCAGGGAGGCUACUGCAUCCAUUCAUUUGUCUGUUCAGUUGAUGUGUAUGGAUUUGUCCUGCAUUUAUUUUAGUGUGCAGACAUGCAGGGUGUGUUAUAUACAGACCUUUGAAUGUGUAUGUAUCAUUUUGUAUAAUAUGCUUUGAUUCUGUGCUUUCCAUCUUGUAGAGUCACUGUGACUUCAGUUUCGAAAGGAGCUGAUAGUUUACCUGCUUUGUUUUGUCCUUAUUCAAUAAAGGAACAUAAUGUUACACAUUGUGUUUUUAUAUUCA